CACCAGUUUAAUGUUAUUUAGCUGAAGUGACUAAUUUGACUAAAAAUUUAGUUAGUAAAAAGUAACUAAAUUUUGCAGGUGCAAGAAGUUAUUAAUUUUACUAGCUAAUAAAAUGGUUCCAGAAUUUCUUAGCAUUUUUUUACUGAUAAGAUGCUACGGCAGCUACUGACAACUAAGUAACCGCAAUACAAGUAUGUCCCAUAAGAAAGAAUUUGUUUGGGGGGAGGGAGAAAAAGCGGGAGGCAAUGUUGCGCUUGUUAGACUUUUAGGUUCACGGGCCCCAAAUACAAGGGUCUCAGGUCUUAUUUUCUCAGUUAAUAUGAUUUGAUUUGAAAGAAAACAUUCGACAUGGAAGUAAGAAAAUGUAGGUGCUCUUCAGCUCGCCACCUGGAUUUUUGUCAAUUUCGUAAGGGAAUAGUCGAUGGUGUAUUUAUUUAAUGUAAGCUUAGGCUGAAUGUGUGCUGGAGUAUUUUAGGAACAAGUUACUUGUAAUGCCUAACGCACUUUUACCACAAAAUCUGAACAGACAAAGACAAUUACAACUUUAUCAACAAGAUCAAGUCCUACCACUCCAACAAAAUAUAGCUAGAGCCCUUGUUAUUGUGGAAGAACCAGAUAAUGAAGGUGUGGAAAAUAUCCAUUUAAAUCCAAUACAAAAUAGUGGUAGUCACAACUGGCAAUCUUCACAUGGUACAGUAAAAGAUCGAAUUUUGUUUUUAUUCAAUAAUGAAGUUUUAAGUGAUAUUCAUUUUGUUUUGGGAAAAGGGACUUCAGAGCAGCAGUGUAUCCCUGCUCACAAAUUUGUAUUGUCUAUUGGGAGUGUUGUGUUUGAUGCUAUGUUCAAUGGUGGAUUUUCUUCUGAGCAGUACAGUGAAAUAAACAUACCAGAUAUCGAACCAGCAUCCUUUUUAUCACUUUUAAGAUUUCUUUAUACUGACGAAGUCUCCAUUGGCCCAGACACUGUAAUGAGUACUUUGUAUGCUGCAAAGAAAUAUGCAGUUCCAACAUUAGAAAAAAGAUGUGUUGAGUUUUUAAAGAGCAACUUAGGACCAGAUAAUGCUUUUACUUUACUUUCACAAGCUAGACUUUUUGAUGAACCACAACUAGCUGAAAUGUGCCUAGCAUGCAUUGAUAAAUUUACUGUGGAUUCCUUAACUGCUGAAGGCUUUACUGAUAUUGAUGUGGGAACGUUAAAAUCUAUUCUUGAAAGGGAUUCAUUAAGUGCAAGAGAGAGUCAGCUGUUUGAAGCUGCUGUCCGUUGGGCUGACCAUGAAUGCAGACGACAAGACAUUGCUAAUUCUUGCAUCAACAAAAGAAAGGUGUUAGAAGAUGCGCUUUACUUGAUCCGUUUUCCACUAAUGACAUUAGAAGAAUUCGCAAAUCUUGUGGCACAAUCUGGCAUAUUGACUGAUAAAGAACUUGUAAAUUUGUUUCUUCAUUUUACUGUAAAUCCCAAACCCACUGUUAAAUUUCCGGAUCGUCCAAGACGAUGUUUAACUGGGAAAGAAAAGUCUGUUGUGCGAUUCUCAAAAACUGAAGCUAGAUGGGGAUAUAGUGGAACAAGUGAUCGAAUUAAGUUCAUUGUUAAUCGCCACAUCUUCGUUGUGGGUUUAGGCUUGUAUGGAUCAAUAAAUGUUCCCACAGAUUACGAAGUUAGCAUCCAAAUUAUAAAUUCAGAGACCGGCGUGGUUAUAGGGCAUAAUGAUACUGCCUUUAGUUGUGAUGGUACUGAUGCAUUAAAUCGUGUUAUGUUUAAAGAACCAAUUGAAAUUAUGCCUAAUGUGAGUUACACCGCUUGUGGAACAUUAAAAGGACCUGACUCAUACUAUGGAACAAAAGGUUUAAAAAAAGUUGUAAUUGAGUUGCCAAAUCGUGAAAAAGUAGAAUUCAAAUUUUCUUAUGCAGCAGGGAAUAAUAACGGAACAUCUGUGGAGGAUGGCCAAAUCCCAGAAAUUAUAUUUUAUACAUAAACAUGAAGUAUAAAAAAGGUAUACCAGUCCUAUAGUUUUCCAUCACCAUGCAGCUAGAUGAAUAUAAGUGGUUUCACCUGUUUUGUCAGCAUGUUUGCAUAGUGCGUAAAUUAGCGUGAUUACUGCUAGAAAUAAAUAUAUAUAUUUUUCAAAUUUAUGUGUUGAUAAUUGUACUUUUUUUUUAAUUUGCCACCACAAUGUCUUUAUUUACAAUUAUGUUGAAAUUGAUAUAAAGAACUUUAUUAAUAAUAAUGCAGUUAUGCAAUUUAAGAAUCUAAAUAUCAUUUGUAUUGCUCAAUAUUAUUUUCACCGUUUUUGUAUGUAUUUAAAAUAUCCAGGCAGACUAAUUUUGUAUCCUUUGUAUAGCCUUCAGAGUAUUUUUUUUUUGUUUUUCUCAUGUGACUUAAUAAUGUGUGAAAGAUAUUUCAUUAAGGGUCUUAUUGUAACUGAGAUAUUUACGCUUUUAGAGAUAUUUAUAACAUAGAAUUGUUCCUUUAGACUAUAAAUUCUUCGCUAUGUACUGAAACGAAUACUUUUUAGGUUGUUAGAAAUAACCUUCAUAGGAAAAGGAUAGGAGAAAUCGCUUUCCUGAGACAGAUAUACACUAUUUGUCUACUUCCAUGGGUAUAAAUAAUUAUUUGAGGAAACAUGUACAGACUCAACUUAUUAAAACCUUUCAUAUUGUCUUUAA